GCUAUCCUACGAAGCACAUACGAUCCUACGAAGACCAACGAGUGUGGGGCAAAGAGUGAUCAUUAACGAACCACAACCCCCUAGUUACAUAAAAUCCAUGACCACGCCGGGCCUGGAUGAUACAAACGAGUAUGGGUGGGACACGGGGUGACUCGAAGUCACAGGCCCCCCUAACUAAUGACAUGAAUUCUAGGACCACAGGAAGAAAUCUCCGUAGAGAUAGCACAAGAAAUCCCAACAGACCCAAACACAAACCCGAAAAUCAGACCCAAAAAGCAGACCCAAAAAAGACAUAAAAAGACAUAAGAAUAAAAGAAAAACGCCGACUCCUGCCAGCUCAACCAAGAG